GGGAACUGCCCCCGGAUUUCAGGCUCCAACAGCCUCCCUGUCAAGAUGUGGCAUCUCAAACUCUUUGCGGUGCUCAUGAUCUGCUUGCUGCUGUUGGACCAGGUAGAUGGCUCUCCCAUGCUGGAACCGAGUUCAAUGAAGAGAAGGCCACGGAGAAUGACUCCAUUUUGGAGAGGGGUUUCCCUCAGGCCCAUCGGAUCCUCUUGCAGAGAUGAUUCUGAGUGUAUCACGAGGCUGUGCAGAAAAAGACGCUGUUCCCUAAGUGUGGCCCAGGAAUGACGUACACACCGGGGGAAAAGAGGACAGCAUUCACCUACAACAAUGCUCCAUUCUAUGGAAUACUGAUGAACUGCAUUUUGGCUGGAGACACUUAAGUGAAGCAAUUUUGUGUUUUUAAUAUUUAAAGACAGAUAUAUGCUUUAAACUGGUCUCCAUUUCUUCUUAGAAUGUUAUGUAGAUAAGCUUAACUAAACUUGUCAAUUUAGAGUUUAUUUUUCUAUGUAUACUAUUAAACGUCUCAAACUGAAAUUUUCAGUCUCAAAUUCAAGUUUUUGAGGGGAAAAAGGAUUCAUUUUGUAUGCUACAGAAAAACCCCAACAUUGCCUAGUAACAGACUACUCAAUCUGGAAAGGACAGUGAAAGUGAACAUGUAAGAAAUAAAGAACACAAUGGCAGGCUGCAAGAGAAAAGUUUCAUAGGAGCCAGAGGAUCAGCCUUGGCAAGUUCACAAGCUGUGGCCCUGGCUCCAGGUCAGAACUCUUCAGCAAGGCCUCAGACAUGGGCAGUGUCAGCACUUACUGCCCGAUGAUGGGCCCAAGUCUGUCUAUGACUGAAAAGGAGGCAGAACUGGAAGAAGAAAAUCUAGUUUAAUAAAACGAUAAAACCCAAGCCCCCAAGAACAGCAGAAAAGACUUUUCUGAGUUCUACUGGAGCAGGGUGAACUGUGAUCUACGCAAAAGGAUGCAUGGCCAGCAAGUUCAGAAUUUCUGUCAUCAGAAAAGGAGAGCCGGACUAGGGGACCGACUCUUCAAGCAGAGAAGCAGUAGACACUAAGCUACAAAAGAGAAAUUACAUGAAAAGGCAGAGUAAGAGUUGAAGAAGUUUAAAGAGCACAGUGUUUAUAAACUUUAAUACAGAAAAUCUAUUUGAUAUUUAUUAAACUUAGUUUCUCCAGCUAUGGUUUGGCAUUAUACAAAGCAUCUUAAUGACACAGUAGAGUUAAAAAGAUCUUUACAAAUUGAAAUGUGAUACCCUUGUCUCCAAAUAUUUUAAUUGCCAUAAAUUUGUUUAAAAAUACACAUUAAACGCAUGUUUGACACUCUAAACUUUCUAUAAUCUCAAUACCACAAAAUACAUAUAAUAUACUAUACAGAUGUGGAAAAAUCUAGUUAGUAUAUAAUACUUUGCUCACCAUUAACAGCUUUAUUAUGUGAAAUGCACAUACUUAGAAAUCCUAGCUUUU